GUUUCAUACUGCGCGGGAUCCUCGCAGUGCAAGCUUGGCAACAACACUUUCUUCUGCCAGCUGCUUUCCCAACUGGUUGCUUGAUUAUUAUUUACCCAAUUGGCAAGAUCCAGACCCCAAUCGUGUUACGUAGGCUAGGUAGCCUUGUAGGUCAGCACCAGGCACAGGCUUGGCGCAAUUAUCAGCGGGCGAGUCCGAUCAGUGACUCGCUGAUCCCGCAACACACGCGGCUUGUUUUACCUUCGUUUGGAUUGUUUUCUAAGAUGUCGGACGCGGCAGCGAGUGCAACACCGGCGGCGGCAGCGGAGGAGCUGCAGAGCAAGCUAAACGUUGAUGCAGCCCCGGCGGAGGCUGCUGCUGAGCCUCCUCACCCAUCGGGCAUGACGCUGGAUGAGCGCUACAAGCUCGCGCGCAGCGUGGGCGAGGAGUGCAUCAAUGAGGAGGAGCUGCGCGCGCUGCUCGCAAAGAAGCCCAAUGUUGUUGCCUACGACGGCUUUGAGCCGUCGGGCCGCAUGCAUAUCGCUCAGGGUGUGAUGAAGGCCAUCAACGUGAACAAGCUGACCAAGGUGGGCUGCACCUUCAAGUUCUGGGUGGCCGAUUGGUUCGCACAGCUCAACAACAAGAUGGGCGGCGACCUGAAGAAGAUUCAGACGGUCGGCAAGUACAUGGUGGAGGUGUGGAAGGCCGUGGGCAUGGACCUGAGCAAGGUGGAGUUCCUGUCCUCCUCCGAGGAGAUCAACAAGCGGCCGGAUGAAUACUGGACCCUGGUGAUGGACAUUGCGCGCAAGAACAACCUCAAGCGCAUCGUGCGCUGCUCCCAGAUCAUGGGCCGCACGGAGACGGAGGAGCUGAGCGCCGCGCAGAUCUUCUACCCCUGCAUGCAGUGUGCCGACAUCUUCUUCCUCAAGGCGGACAUCUGCCAGCUGGGCAUGGACCAGCGCAAGGUGAACAUGCUGGCGCGCGAGUACUGCGACGACAUCAAGCGCAAGCUCAAGCCCAUCAUCCUCAGCCACAGGAUGAUGCCGGGUCUGCUGGAGGGGCAGGAGAAAAUGUCCAAGUCCGACCCCAACAGCGCCAUCUUCAUGGAGGACACCGAGGCCGAGGUGAACACCAAGAUCAAGAAGGCCUACUGCCCGCCCAAGGUGACUGCCGGCAACCCCUGCAUCGAGUACGUCAAGUACAUCGUGCUGCCCUGGUUCGGGCACUUCCAGGUGAGCCGGCCCGCGGACAACGGCGGCGACAAGCGCUACGAGGACGCGGAGGAGCUGGCCGCCGACUACGAGAGCGGCGCGCUGCACCCCGGCGACCUCAAGGCCGCGCUGUCCCGCCACCUGAACCAGAUCCUGCAGCCGGUGCGUGACCACUUUGAGAACAAUGCGGAGGCCAAGGAGCUGCUCAAGAAGGUCAAGAGCUACAAGGUCACCAAGUAGAGGGAUGCCACACGGUUGCAUGCGGGCUGGUCGCGAGCUGCUCAGCAGGCGCUGGUCGCGAGAGCUGAUACGGAGGCGCUGGGCGAGCGGUGGCGGGGAGAGCUGCUGCUGGGGAGCCGGGGGGGUCUAAGCAAGGAGCAGGUCGGGAGUCUGACGGGUAGGCGGGGGAGGUAGGGGGACACGGACACGGUGGAGGGAUGUGUGUUUGUAUGGAGCGGGGAAGCGGGGGCGGCGAUAUGCAGGUGAGUGGUGGCUGCGAUGACCAGUCUGGCAGCAGGUGGUGCGUUUGACCGCUCCAGGGUUGUGUGUGUACGCGCGUGUGUUAUACAUGUUAAAAUGAACAAGAGUAAGCAACGGGGCUCAAUACAUAUUGUGAGGGUCACGGAGAGCUGGCAGCAGGUGUCAGUGACGAGUGCGCCGUAGUGUGUAUGUGUGUGUGCGGCAGCGAGUGUACGGCGCCCUGGACCUUGGGGCAGGAUGGCGCCUAACGGAGCUGUGGGCGAACGGCAUGAGCGGUCGGGCGGGGUGGCGCUGCCUGGCGCUGCAGGAUGGAUGCUGAUUUGGGUCGGGAGCGGGCUUGGCUAUCGUUCAGUUGCGUCCAGGACGGUGGUGAGGCUUGGAAAUUUUGAGGCAUGUUGGCUGGGGCAGGGCGGCUACGCAAGAUCUGUUCUUCAAUCCUUUUCGUGGAUGCCUUUUGCCAUUCAUCAGGACUGUAACGCUUGCGCGUGCGGGCGCUAUGAAGAUGCCGCUGCCGGUGCAAGCCGUUGGCAUAGAUCUGAUGCACAUG